ACCAUUCCUUUGAGCGUGUAUAAAAAGCGUCCGUUCUACCCAUCAAAAUCCCAUCGGCAUCUUCGUCACCGCGCGAACAAGAGCCAAAGCUUCAGGAUCAGUUUCUUCUCGUAUCUCGACCUCCCACCACUGUAAGGAAGUUGGCCAUCUGGUCUGUUGUCUGUAGUUCAAAGUGGAGGGCGUUAAGUUUGAAACUCCUUUUAUGUCUGAACGGGCCUCUCUCUUUUUGUCAUCGAUUGGAUUGCUUGGAGAGUAUUGUCCUACGUCUAGGAAAAAGACCAGCUGUGCUGAGACUAUUGGCUGCAUGCAUCUUGAGUUGCUUGGAGGUCAUAGAAAAGCACGUGAUCUUGGUUUCUCUUUUAUGCGGCCUUUCCCAGCUGCUCAAAGAACGUUAGGACCUUUUGAAGAUACUGCUACUGCUACCUAUCUUUUCUAACCAGAGCUGCAGUAUUUCUGCGUAUUAACAACAUGGCGUUACAGAACAUUGGUGCCUCAAACCGUGACGAUGCCUUCUAUAGGUAUAAGAUGCCUAGGAUGGUUACUAAAAUUGAAGGUAGAGGUAAUGGCAUCAAGACUAAUGUAGUUAACAUGGUGGACAUUGCAAAAGCCUUGGGCAGACCUGCUGCUUACACUACCAAGUACUUCGGAUGUGAGCUUGGCGCACAAUCCAAGUUUGAUGAGAAAACAGGGAUUGCUCUUGUAAAUGGAGCACAUGAGACGGCGAAGUUGGCUGGUCUUCUCGAGAACUUCAUCAAGAAAUAUGUUCAAUGCUAUGGUUGUGGAAACCCUGAAACUGAGAUAAUCAUCACUAAGACGCAGAUGAUCAAUAUGAAAUGUGCUGCUUGUGGAUUCAUAUCUGAUGUUGAUAUGAGAGAUAAACUCACUACAUUUAUUCUCAAGAAUCCUCCUGAACAGAAGAAGGGAUCGAAAGACAAGAAAGCAAUGAGGCGGGCUGAGAAGGAACGGCUUAAGGAAGGAGAGGCUGCUGAUGAGGAACUGAAGAAAAUAAAGAAGGAUUCCCUGAAGAAGAAAAGCACUAGUGGUAAUGCAAAGGAAGCUGUAACCAAAGUUCCAAGCAAGAAAAAGAGUAACGGCUCCGAUGAGGAUCAUUCUCCAACUCGUAGCCAUGCCGUUGAGAAUGACCAAGCUGCUGACGACGACGACGACGACGAUGUACAGUGGCAAACAGACACAUCUUUGGAGGCAGCCAAGCAGCGUAUUCAGGAGCAGUUGAGUGCUGUCACUGCUGAUAUGGUCAUGCUCUCUACAACUGAAGAGACAAAGUCGUCAAAAAAGUCCCCCGAACACGAGAAGUCUGUGGUCAACGGAAGCAAGAAUGGAAACGGAGUGUCUACCCAUGGUGCCCUUGUUCAUGAGAUCAAAGAUUAUUUGAAGAAAAGUCCCUCUGCAGCCGAUCUUAAAUCAUUCUUGGAGUCGCUUACUGGAACUCACCAAGAGACUGCGAAUGCCUUAGUUGAGGCUCUAUUUGAAGGAGUUGGGAAAGGGUUCUCAAAGGAGGUAGUGAAAAAGAAGAAGUUCCUGGUUGCAGUUGCAGCAGCUCAGGAGGAGGGAUCACAGAUAGUUCUGUUGCGUUCCAUCGAAUCUUUCUGUCUCAACACGUGUCCGGAGGUGGCUAAGGAGAUCGCACUGGUCCUGAAAUCGUUAUACGAUGGGGAUGUAAUAGAGGAGGAAUUCGUGCUAGAGUGGUACCAGCAGGGACUGGCAGGAGCUAACAAAGGUAGCCAAAUCUGGAAGCAUGUAAAGCCGUUCAUCGAGUGGCUCCAGAACGCAGAGUCGGAGACGGAAGAAGAGUAAAGAGAAUGGUACUCUAAUACUUUGGUUGUUGCAUCUCUGUUUUUCUAUGUACGGUCGUAGUUUCUUAGCCAGUCCGUUUGUUCCUUGUCGUCUCUCAGUGUGUCCGUCGUCUUCUAAUUUCCUUUUGUGCUGUUGGUGUUUGUUUGGUCAUGCGGCUGUUUCUGAACCAUUAACGAUAAAAUAUUGUUUGCUUUCCAGUAAUGGCGUGGUUAAGUUCUUCUCUAA